CCAAUCAAAACGCGUUAUCUGUCAUUCGGCGGUGUGCACGUUGACUUCACGGUGUCCUCAACGUCUUCCGCUAUGCAGUAUAAGUUCUUAUUAAACAACAACAGCAGCAGGGGUCUUCUUACUAUAUUCAUUCUUGUAUUAGCAUGGAUUGUUGGAUUCUGCUCUCGCUUAUUCUCAGUUAUUCGUUUUGAGAGCAUUAUCCAUGAAUUCGACCCCUGGUUUAACUAUCGAGCUACUAAGCAGAUGGUCGAUAACAGUUUCUAUGAUUUUCUCAACUGGUUUGAUGUCACAGCCUGGUAUCCUCUUGGUCGAAUUGUCGGUGGGACAGUGUACCCUGGACUGAUGGUCACGUCAGGUUCAAUCCAUUACAUUCUACGGCUUCUCAACAUUCCGGUCCAUAUCCGAGAAGUCUGCGUUUUUCUUGCGCCCAUUUUUAGUGGCCUAACUGCCAUUAUGGGUUACCUCUUAACUAAGGAGGUCUGGAACGACCGUGCUGGCCUCUUCGCUGCGUGUUUCUUGGCAAUUGUUCCUGGUUAUAUCAGCCGUUCGGUGGCAGGAAGCUAUGACAACGAAGGAAUCGCCAUAUUUGCGUUACUGCUCACGUACUUUCUUUGGCUGCGCGCUGUUCGAACCGGCCAUCUCUGCUGGUCGGUGCUCUGUGCCCUGGCUUACCUAUACAUGGUCUCCGCCUGGGGUGGUUACGUAUUCAUAAUCAACCUUGUGCCUCUGCAUGUCUUUGUCCUGUGUCUCACCGGCCGCUACUCCACGCGCCUCUACGUCGCCUACACGAGCUUCUACAUCCUCGGUCUUAUACUGUCUAUGCAGGUGCCUUUUGUCGGCUUCCAGCCGGUGCGCACAAGCGAGCACAUGGCGGCAGCCGGCGUCUUCGUCCUACUCCAGGCCGUGGCCUUCUUCAAGUACCUCCAAACCUUGGCGCCUUCUGAGAAGCUGAAACCACUCUUCACCGUGGCAAUUGUCAGUGUUGCUGGCCUCGUCUUCCUAGCUGUCUGCGGGCUAACCGUCGCCGGUGUUAUUGCUCCCUGGAGCGGACGAUUCUACUCGCUCUGGGACACGGGCUACGCUCGCGUCCACAUUCCCAUCAUCAGUUCCGUGUCCGAGCACCAGCCGACCACGUGGACGUCGUUCUUCUUCGACCUCCACAUUCUGGUGGCCGUUUUCCCCGCCGGUGUGUGGUUCUGCUUCGCCGAGUUGAACGACCUCCGGACCUUCGUCAUCCUCUACGCCAUCUUCGCCUCCUACUUCGCCGGUGUCAUGGUGCGUCUCAUUCUCACUCUCACCCCCAUCGUCUGCGUCCUCGCUGCCAUCGCCUUUUCUCGACUCUACGACGUCUAUCUCAGGGAGGACGUCCUCAGUGACGAGGACGCAGAGGGGAAAGCUGAGGAGGGCAGCAAGGGAAAGAAUAAUUCCAAAAACGUGCCAGCGUCUCGCGAGAAACAGCUCUACGAUAAGCCGUCGAAGGCUGACGAGAAGGUAUGUAACUUUCCAGAGGUUUGCAUGGCGACUACACUGUUCCCUUUGCAACCUCCUCGCCACGUUUUCUCCCCUUUUAUGCAUCUUUUGUUGAUUUUUGCGCAGUAUGCUAAGUCAAACAACGAGUUGCGAUUCGUAUUUCGUUCAGUGCUAAUGCCCACGCGCACAGUUAUGGCAACAACGUUUCUCCCUUUAAAGCAUGCUCGUGCUUCUAGUAGCAGAAGCACAGAUACGUCCACGCCCUCCAACAAUGACGAUGUGCUCGGCAUCAGUCUGCGCAAGAUCGUCAUCAUGGUUGCUACCUUCGUCCUCUUCCUCUUUGUGUUCCACUGCACCUGGGUCACCUCCAACGCCUACUCAAGUCCGUCUGUCGUUCUUUCCUAUCAGGGGGGCCAAGGGGAGCGUAUCAUCCUCGACGACUUCCGCGAGGCCUACUAUUGGCUGUGGCAGAACACGAAGCUGGACUCGAAGGUGAUGUCCUGGUGGGACUACGGCUACCAGAUAGCCGGAAUGGCCAAUCGAACAACCCUGGUUGAUAACAACACGUGGAACAACAGUCACAUUGCCCUCGUGGGCAAAGCCAUGUCUUCCAACGAAACUGCUGCCUUCAGUCUAAUGCACUCCCUGGAUGUGGAUUAUGUGCUGAUAAUUUUCGGUGGCAUGAGCGGCUAUUCGGGCGACGACAUUAAUAAAUUUCUUUGGAUGGUUCGAAUUGCCCAAGGGGAGCAUCCCAGGGAUAUUCACGAGCAGGACUACUAUACCCCUCAGGGUGAAUACCGAGUGGACCAUCAGGCGCCCAAGGCAAUGGUCAACUCCCUCAUGUACAAAAUGAGCUACUACCGCUUCGCGGAAAUGAAGAUGGACCCGCGUAUGCCGACUGGUUUCGACAGGGCGCGCAACACGGAGAUCGGCGUGAAACACAUCGACCUCACGCACUUGGAGGAGGCCUUCACCUCUGAGCACUGGAUUGUUCGAAUUUUCCGCGUCAAAAAGCCCUCCAAUCGAUUGAGACUGGCGAGCAAGAAGCGACGCGGCAGCAGCGGCAGCCCCAAGCGCAUUUCACGAAAAACCGUCUCUGACAGGCGUGGUCUGGUAGGCUCCAGGGCGCGCAUUGUGAAGGGCACCCGACCGGAAAGCGUUGCGCCAUCGUAA